AUGUCCCCUCCUCCAGCAGCCAUAGCGGCCAUCUUGGAUGAACUUCAACAAACAGCCUCUGCAAUACAAGAAUGUCUGAAGCCUCAGAAUGCAAUCCAAGAAGACCACCCAGAAGGCGCCGUUGAAUACAACAAGCGCUCACCUGCUGCAGCACCCUCACCUCUUGCUUGUUCACCUAAGACCUCGGCGUCACCAAGGGGAGGUGGACAAAGCACGGACCAGGACCGGCAGCAAGAACCUUCAACUGGAGCCACCAGGCAGAAUCCCCCCGUGUCCUCCAGAGUCCGUGGGAGAUCCCGUGGCGGUCGGGGAUGUGGUUCCAGAGUCUCCACCGGGGAAGAUAUGGAGUUUGUUGUCCCUCACAUAGACAACUCCUUAUCCAACUGGUGGAGGCGCGUCCUGCUUUAUGGGACCACACCAACCAUGCCGACGAUCAUCGCACCCAGCGGCUCUGGAGGGAGAUCAAUAGGAAAACCAAAGGCAAUCAACGAAGUCUCGCACAACUUCGGCAUUACCAACUAUAACGGCACCCCGGGCAUCAAAGGGGCACUUUCCAAACUUGGAGAAGAAUAUGUGGAACAAGAGAUAAAGAAAGCCUUGAUGGGUGUAAAACAAAUGAAGAAGAUCAUGGAAAGAAAUGAGGAGAAACAUGAAAGUAUUUUGAAAUCUCUCAAGAAAACUAAAGAAGAAAACCAGGAGGCUGUGAGGCUCUUUGAGGACAUUAAUCAAAAGAUGGAUGAAGCAGAAACACAAUGCAAACAAUCACUAAAAACUCAGUGGGAGGGAUGUGAAGCUUGCCUUGAAUGGUCUUGCAUUCAAUUCUACACAAACAGCUGUUCCCAGCAGGAUUUGAAGAACUUUGUUAAGGAUCAACAAUUUUUUAAAGAGUCACCACCAAUGAGUCUCAUUUCUGGAAACAUUGAAGAAAAAUAUAAAAGUGAACAUUACAUUGCUGCCCAGCUCAGCCAGAAAGAGAGCUUGUUCAGCCAGUUGAUGUCUGACGUCAGUGACCUCUUUAAUCAAAGCAUUGCCUUUUUUAAAAACUUUCAUAAUGAAUCGUUUCAGAAUUAUUUUCUCUCCAGUUUGGUUCAGUUAGACAUCAGCACCUCGACUAUGAUGCCUGACAGGGAUCCUGUAAUUGUCUCACAUUAUUUUGAGAAUUGGGAUUUUUCACAUAUGCUUCAAAGCUUAUAUGAAUUUGGACAGUCUGUUUUUGAAAUUGUGACUGAUGUUUUUGUCAUGAUGUACAAAAAGUUCAAUGGUGAUCUCAAAGAUCCAUACAUCCAGUCUCAAGAGUCUCCAGUCCACCCCAGAUCCAUGCCAACCAAAACAUUGUGCAACCAGCUUCAAAAUGCCUCAGAAUGCCUGCUCUUUCAGAAGAGAUGUCAGCUAUGCUAUGAAUCUGUGAUUAAAGACUGUCCUGACGUGGUAGAGCUACGUUUGAAUUCUGAAGCGGCCUUCAAGCUGGUAAAUGUAUCCAGACAGCAGUAUGAAGAUGUUGUACAGCUUGUGCAGCAGCACACUGAUGAAACGUUUAACUUAGUGAGUCAAAUGAGAGACCAGUUUGGAUGGGUCACAGAACACACCAACACAAGCUCUGGCACCAACACUAUCUUCAGUAUAGAAAAGGUGUUGCUCAACCCAAACACAGAUACAGUUGUGGAAGCAAGAAUAUUCUCAUCCAACAAUUUUAUUAUCAUGGUCCCAGCCAAUAUUGAAGUUGAUAGUCCUCAUUUUAUACAAUAUAUUGUGGAUAAAUCAUUAGAACAUCAUAAAAGCAACUUUUAAAAGCAACAACAGAACUUGGUUACUGUAUGAGAAAUUCAAUUAUGCCGAAAUAAUUACAGAUGCGUCGAAAGAACUCUAAAUGAUUGGAAUUAGUAAAUUGUGUAACACAGGCAAUUGUCCAAAUUAAUUUAAAGGGGAUGUACAGCCAAGUGCAUAUUGAUGAUCUACCCUGAGGAUAGUUAAUCAAUAUCUGAUCGGUGGGGCCCACCAGCACCCCUGGCGAUCAGCUGUUUGAAGAGGAGGUGGUGCUCGUACGAGCGCUACUUCCUCUUCACAAUUACACUGCAUAUCGUUUCGGAAGUCUUAGUGGCACAGUGUAAUUACAAGUACUUGUUCAAUUCACUUGAAUGGAACAAACACUUGUAAUUACACU